ACACCUCUGAAACAAAUCUUUGGUUCGCGUCUGUCGAACUAGAAAACUCACGAAAGUUUCGACAACGUUCUUCUAAUAAACGGUUUGGUUUUGAGCAGCGACAUCUGUAUCACCAUGCUCGCCUGUGCCAUCAUCCUGGCCGUCAUCGGUCAACUGGUCAGUGCUGACCAACAACAACAGCUGGCUUUGUCUUCGGCCUCGUCAGAUUUCUCUCAAAGACUACCAGAAAGUUGCUCUGGACAAGCCUAAUGUCGUCUACUCACCUUACAGCAUUCAUUUAGGUCUGACAAUGACGUCCACGGGAGCAAGGGGAGAUACUGCAACGGAGAUGAAAAACAUACGCGAUAUUACUGCCCUUGGAAGUUCCGUCAACUCAAUCUAUAAGGAGCUUAUUCAGCAGAUAAACGCAGUAACAGAUGUUGAGCUUUACACUGCCAACGCUGUCUUCGUUUGGCCCGACUUAUCCGUUGUCCCAAGGUUUACCCUUGACCUAUCGAGCUAUUAUUCCGCUCAGGCCAACCGUAUUAAGUUCUCCGCCGGUGGGAGGCCUGAGAAACCAAUCAACGAUGACGUAGCAGCCAGGACUAGAAAUAUCAUCACGGUUCUUCCUCGGACAUCAACAGUUGACAAUAGAACAGGUCUGGUUUUGAUUGACAGUUUGUUUUUCAACGGAACCUGGGAGACACCUUUCGAGCAGAUACGAACAAAAAGUCAAGAUUUCCAUCAACUAGGUGGCUCAGUGAAACAAGUAGAAAUGAUGAAUGAUGACAGAUAUGUCAACAUAAAAAGAGAUGAUGUCAACAAGGUGGAUGUCGCUGAGCUCUCCUUUAAAGGAGGUAGAUUUAGCUUGUACAUUGCUUUACCACAUGCAGUAGAUGGCAUCACUGACAUAGAAAAACUUGUAGUCCAACCAGGUAAAGUCCAGCAGCUGUUCACUGAUCUAAUAAAUGUCCGCGUUAGACUGGCCAUCCCUAAAUUUAAGGCCGAGUCUACACUGUCCCCCAACACUCCAUUAGAAGACCUGGGCAUGACCAGAGCUUUCAGUCCAAGUCUGGCCAAUUUUGGUGGCAUUGCUGCAGCUGAUCUCUACAUCAGCCACGUUCUACACACGGCUGUUCUCGAGGUCAAAGAAAGUAAGACUGUGGCUGCUGCAGCGGCUGACAUUAACAUUCCUAUAAGGACUGGAUUUGUAAUGCCGCCCUCUGAAUCGUUCGUCGCUGACCAUCCAUUUGUGUACUUUCUGAGAGAUAAUCAAACUGGACAGAUUCUCUUCCAAGGGAAAUUCUCUGGUUAAAACUUUUCUAUUUUUUUUUCGCUGUUUUAAUGCGUUGUUAAUAAAUAAAUAAAUCAAAAACGUA